AUGGAAAAUUUAAAAUUAUUAAAAACCUAUAAAAUAGAUAGAAAGAAAAUAAAUGAUAGGUCAUUUGGUAUUGAUAAUAAAAAGGUAAUUGAAGAAUUAAUUGAAGUUACAUCAACGGAAAAUGGAUUUAUACCAGAAGUAAUGCAAUUCUUAAGUAAACAAAAUAAAAUACCAAUUAAAUAUUUAGAGAAUAGAAUGGUUUGUGAAACUGCUCAUGCAAUGAAUGCUCAAGAAAAAUAUGAUGAUGCAACAAGAUAUUUUUUAAAAGCAGCUUCUCAAGGUUCUGCUGAAGGUUGUUUCUUUUUAGCAUCAAUGAAAUAUUUAGGACAAGGUUGUGAUGUUAAUUUACCAAUGGCACGUAAAUUAUUUGAAAGAGGUGCAAAUAUGGAACCAUAUAUUGAAUGUGAAGAUGAAUUUUUAUUAGAGAAUAAAAAUGUAUUAGAUUGUUGUAAAUGCUUAAGUGGAUUUGCACAAGAGGGUGUUGGUGGUGAAAUUGAAUUAGAGACUGCUUUUAAAUAUUAUUCAAAAGUUUUAAAAACUAAAGAGAAUGAUUUAGAUGCAAUUCAUAAUAUUGGUAUAUUACAAUGUGAUCUCAAAAAAGAUUUACAAGAAGGUUUAAAAUUAUUUAAAAGGGGUAUGCAAUUAGGUAGUGUAGAAUGUACCUUUAGUUAUGGUGCUUAUACUUUUGAUUCAAAUCCAACCGAUGCUUUCAAAUAUAUUCAACGUGCUGCAAAUGAUGGUAACGAAGAAGCAAUUUUUAAAUUAGAUGAAUAUAAAUCUAAAUUAAAUUUAUUAAAAAAAUAA